AUGAAGCGGCCGCCCCCGCCUUUCCAGCCCGGGGUCAACGGAGUCAAAUCUCAACAUCCUUCGGCCUCCCCACAGUCUGCCUCCAAACGUAUCCCCGGCUCCAAUCCGACAUCCGCCGCGGCUGGUUCGACCGGCGGUCCGGUCACAAACGGUUCCGUCGAGUCUGCCAAUGGCGCCCCGACCAAGGGAGCUUUGAACCGGUCCAGGAAAGAUGCGCAAAAGCCCGCCGACCAAUCCACCCGGCCACAAAAGACAUUGACGAGGAAUCUGCCCGCGGACAAUGAUCGCCACUUGGGAAAGUCGUCUCCGGGGCCUUUUGUGAGAACGACGUCCUAUAUCCUGAAAAAGUUCGCGAAGUCGGCCCCCUCCCUUACUGUGCAUUUACAUCCGACCCAUUUCCGCUUUGAACAGCAGGAUGGAAGCUUCUCAUACAAUUCCGAGAUGAAGGUUGUCAUUGAACAUAUCCGUGCUGGCACUGUCCCCCAUGAUAUGAUGGAGGAGCUGUUGCGGGGGAACGUGCGAUUCUAUGAUGGUUGUCUCAUCGUCCGCGUCGUCGAUCACAAGUCCGUGUCAGCACAGACCAGAAAGUCGACCAUUCCAUCGUCGAACGAAAGCAACACCCCUUUCUCGAUACAUAAUUACAACGAACAUGUCACGCCGUCGGCAUUUGUACCAUACCCCAAACAAAGCCAAUUGACACCAGAAAAGCCGGCCGCGAAGGACGCACCCGCGGGGGCUCAAUCGGAUCUCAAGGGCGAAGGAGAGCAGUCCAACCUCCCUCAGAACCAAACAAAAUCCAAUGAGUCAAGCUCUACUCAGCAGAAGCAAGGCCCCUCGAAACCCCGUGUCUUCACUACCGUCCUCCAUCCAACCCCUCGCUCCCUCCAGGCAGAGCUCACUCUGCUUGCGACUACUCCCGACCUCAAGGCUCCCAAACCGGCAGCGGGGAAUUCGUCAGCAUCUCGUACCCCGGGGGGGACCACCUCCACGGCCCCGCCGUCCCCUGGAGGAUCGUCAAACCAACCUGAUCGCAACAAGAAACAGAAAAUGAUGCUGGAACCGCAGGAGCUCCCGGAAUGCGAGGCCCAAUUGACCGGGCUAAUAGCACCGCCACUGUAUCUGGAUCCCGUGGGAAGCUUGGAGGCUGUCCAGGACCUGCUGAAAUACAUGGAGAGCCCUCUUCACAACAACCCGCCACCUUCACCCAAGAGGCGGAAGCGCACCGUAGCCGAGCUUGCCGCGGACGAGGCUUUGGCUGCCGAGGAGGAACGGUUUAUGCUCAUCAUGGACGAACGAUUGGAGCCGGCCUCUUCGAAUGGCGCUGGCGGUCCGAAAUCUGCAGUUGUGGACGAUACAGGCGGUGGCGCACCUUUCGAGCCGCGCUUCUCGCGCUUUAAGACACUCGAGAACAUUCGAAUGCAGCACGAAGAGAAGGCAAAACGAGAACACGAAAUCAAGAUGAAGCAGGAAAUGGCCAAACGACAGCAGCAGGAGCAGGAGAGGGAGAGGCGGCGUGCUCUGGAACAGCGGCAAGCCGACGAGCAGGCCAAGGAAGAUGCCCGGCGACAACAUCUUGCCGCCCAGCAACAGGCCCAGGCCCAGCUGGCGGCGCAACAGCAGAACCGGCACGUCAUGGCCCAGGCCAACGGGGUCAGUCAAGGGCCGCAGUCGUCGCCUGUGGUUCGCAAUCAAACUCCUCAACACACCUCGUCGCCGUUGGUCGGAAGUGCGAUGGGCACGCAGGCCGGUGUUCCGAUGAGCAUGACGUCCUCCAUGCAGGGCGCUGGAAGCCCGCCACGACCGCCGUCCGCGUUGCAGCAUGCCCAUCCCAACGUCAUGAGCCAUCCGAUGGCGCCUUCCAGGAGCCAGCAAGGCCAAAGCCGGCAUGGCACGCCCCAGAUGACUCAGGGAACACCCGCCAUGUCGCACGCAACUCCGAUCAUGCGCAACGUCACUCCUACGCAGCGCAUGAGCCACGCCAGUCCGAGCCGGUCAACGAUGGCGCCUACUCCGGUGAUGAACCAGGCUAUGGUGGGAACUCCGCAAAUGAGCGGUGGCAUGGGUUUAACGCCUCACCAGCAGCAGAUGUUGAUGCAGCAGAGACAGCAGCUACUCGCGCAACAGAGCCAUCUUGGACAUGGACAGCUCACACCGCAACAGCUUGCUCAGUUGCAGGCUAAUGUACAUGCACAGCAGAACAUUCAAUCGCAUCAACAACAAAUGUUGCAGGCUCAGCAGCAAAACCACCAGCCCCAGCAGCAAAAGAUUGGCCCUCAAGCGUACCAAUCGCAGUUAAUGCGUGCUCAGCUUGCCCAGAUGCAGAUGGCUCAGCAGCAACAGCAGCAGCAGCAGCAACAACAGCAGCAGCAGCAACAGCAACAGCAACAUCACCAGCAGCAGCAGCCACAACAACAGCAACCGCAAGAGCCGCAGCAACAACAGCAGCAGCCAUCGCAGCAGUCUCAACCGCAACAACCGCAGCCGCAGCCGUCCCAAGGGCAGCAACAGCCGCAAGGACAGCAAGGCCAGAUGCACCAAGUUGCUCCUCAGAUAAACUCCCAGCAGCAACAAAUGUUGAUGGCCGCCGCUCAAGCCAAUGGUGGGCAUAUGCCACAGAAUAUGCAGGGAGCCAACAUAGCGCAGGGGGCCAUUGCCCAACGAUACAGCAGUCUCUAUCAACAGCGCUUGCUGCGCUUGAGGCAGGAAAUGACCAACCGACUGAUGGCACAAUAUGGUCCACCUACCCAGUAUCCGCCCCAACUCGCUCAGCAGUAUCAUAGCGGAAUGGAGCGGAGUGCCAAAGCGUGGAUCCAAGAGGUCAUGCGACGGGAGCGCGAACAGAUGCAGGCCCAGCGCGCUUCCCAUAUCGCUAACGCGCAAGUUCAGGUGAUGCAGCAACAGCAGCAACAGAACAUGAUGCAAAAUGGAAUGGGAAAGUAG